UGACCAGAGAAAUUGAAACAGCGCCUGUUGUUUAAAUAAAGUUUUUCAAACCACGUGAUCAACACUGUCAUGGCUGCGCCCUCGUGUCUCGCGUUGAUGUAAUCGUAGCAGAAGUCUAAGAGAGCCUACACUCAGUCCAGAAAAAUGAAGACAAAGAAGAUGAAGGCGAAAAACAAAGGCAUGUCCACCGGGCUGGGGAAGCCAGCGAAACGUUGCAUCGACAUGAAAGGCAAAUGGAAAACCAUAGACCUCGAUCCCAGCGUCUUCUCCGAGGAGGGCUUGGAGGGUCUGGUGUGUUUCGAAGAGCUCACGGAUUACCGUUUAAUAAACAGUGAGCAGGCUGCGGCCAAAGCAGCAAAAGAGCUGAAAAGGGAGAAGAAGAAGAAAGCACAGAAAAGAAAAGCUGGUGACGGCGAGGAGGCUGGAGAGAAAGGAGACUCGGGGAUCAAAGAGGGGGAGAGCACAAGUGAGCCAGCGAAGAAAAAAGCCAAGAAGAAGAGGAAAAACAAGAAAGGCAUUGCAAAGGAGUCGGAAAAUAUUUCUGCAGAAGACGUAAAGCAGAAGGAUAAUGCUGCCACUGAGCAGGGAGGAGAGGAUGAGGUAUCAGGUGAGGGCGAUGAAAAUGAUUCUGCAGCCAUCACUGCUGAUCCCAAAGAUACAAAGAGGAGCAGGAAGAAGAAGAAAAAGGGGAAAGGGCAGCAGACAGUGAAGGAUACAGUCCCAGAAGAACAGCCAAACCCAGAGUCUUCAUCAGAUCUGGAAAAAGAAAAAUCCGGUCAAAAUAAAGUGACAAAGGCCCCACACAAGAAGGCAAAGAAUUGGACAAACGCUGCACUUUCUGGUUCUGAAGACAAAAAUGUUGACAUGAGUGCAUGGAAGGACCUGUUUGUCCCCCCACCUGUCCUGAGGGCACUGAGCAGUCUUGGAUUUGGUUCACCGACACCGAUCCAAGCCCUGUGUUUGCCUCCAGCUAUCAGGGAUCGUAUGGAUAUACUGGGAGCAGCUGAAACUGGAAGUGGCAAGACACUGGCUUUCGGCAUUCCCAUAAUCCAUACCAUCCUGGAGUGGAAGCAUAGCCCAGAAAAACCUAAUGAUGACGCUGAACCAGUCACAAAGGUGGAGAGUUUGUACUUACCAUCUGUAGAUGAGUACACAAAAUCAGCUGAAGAGGACCAAGAGGAGGGAGUGGAGGCUUCUAAAGAAAACGAUGAAGAUGCUGAGGAUCAGAAUCAAGGAGACUCGGAUGAAGAUGAACACAGCGAUGUAGAAGAUGAACAGCUUGGAUGUGUUCGGGUAAUCAAGAAUGCAGACUUUGAUUUUGAUGAAAAACCCGCUGGUGCUCAGAGUCGACCCCUCUUAGGACUGGUCCUCACUCCCACCAGGGAGCUGGCUGUUCAGGUCAAACAUCAUAUUGAUGCUGUCGCAAAAUUCACAGAUAUAAAAACAGCCUUAGUGGUGGGUGGAAUGGCACAGCAGAAACAAAGACGAGUGCUGAAACGCAGGCCAGAGAUCAUCAUAGCAACUCCGGGGCGUUUGUGGGAUUUGAUCAAGGAGAGGCACCCACAUCUGGUCAACCUCAGGCAGCUCAGGUGCCUGGUCAUUGAUGAAGCCGAUCGCAUGGUAGAAAGAGGGCAUUUUGCCGAGCUGGAGAAUUUGCUGGAAAUGCUAAAUACGACACACUUCAAUCCCACUAGGCAAACUUUUGUGUUCUCUGCCACUUUGACGAUGGUUCACAGCCUUCCCACUCGCCUCCUUCAAAAGAAGAAGAAGAAUCUGGACCAGAGGAACAAGCUGGAAAUUCUUAUGGAGAAAGUGGGGAUUAAGUCCAAGCCCAAAGUCGUUGACCUCACCAGGAAGGAGGCAACUGUGGAGACACUGAUUGAGACUCAGAUCCACUGUCAGAAAGAUGAGAAGGACUUCUACCUCUAUUACUUCCUGCUCCAGUAUCCUGGGCGCACCAUGGUGUUUGCCAACAGUAUUGACUGUAUAAAGAGGCUGAAUUCUCUGCUGGUUAUACUAGACUGUACACCACUGCCUCUACAUGCCAACAUGCACCAGAAACAACGGCUGAAAAACCUGGAGAGGUUCGCUGAGAGGGAGAAUUGUGUUCUCCUGACUACUGAUGUGGCAGCAAGAGGCCUGGAUAUCCCCAAUGUCCAGCAUGUUAUUCACUACCAGGUUCCUAGAACAUCUGAGACGUACGUGCAUCGGAGUGGGAGAACAGCAAGAGCCACUAAAGAGGGCCUCUGUAUGCUGCUAGUAAGCCCAGAUGACAUGAUGAACUUCAAAAAGAUAUGCAAGACUCUUGGAAAGGACGAAGAGCUUCCCACAUUUCCCAUAGAGACCAAAUGCAUGGAUGCAAUCAUGGAGCGAGUAAACUUAGCCAGGAGAAUUGAAAAGGUAGAGUACUACAACAGCAAGGAGAAACACCACAACUCCUGGCUCAAGCAAGCAGCAGAAGCCCUGGAGGUGGAUCUGGAUGAUGACUUAUUACUUGGCAAUGCAAAGGAUGAGGAUGCAGACAGAGAGCAGCAGAGGAUGGUGAAGGGGAUGAAAAAGGAGUUGAAGCGUUUGAUUUCACUGCCCAUUUUCAAGAACGUAAUGAAGACCAAGUACCCUACUCAAAUGGGAAAGCUCCCCCUGCCCCAAAUGCCCCUUGCUGGGAUGGAGAGUGCCCUAACCAGGGUUUCAACACAGAAGAAACCAAAGACGAGUAUCCAUCCACGGCAGAAAAAACAGAAGCAGAAGGCAAAGUGACUUGUUUAUUGAGAUGUUUAUUUAAAAAAAAAAAAAAAAAAAUAUAUAAAAAAAAAACAACUUCAAAUGACACAAUUUAUAAAAAGUGUAAAAACAGUAAAUAGCAUUUUACAUUUCUAAAUGUUUAGUGCACAUUGUGCAACAGAUGAUGGAUUCCUGUAAACUGCAAGAUUUUAUAAAAAUCUAAUUUUCUAAGUGUC